AUUCUCAUCCUUACUCUUGGUCUUCCCCCAUCCUAUGAAAAUUUCAUUGUUUCCCUCAAUGCCACUACAUCCAGUGAGCUGAUGCUCGAUCAUGUCAUCACUCAACUUAUGAAUGAAGAAGCUUGCCAAUCUCAAGGCACCAAUCCUACCACACCAUGUGAUACUGCUAUGCUUUCCCACACUCAUUGUUGUCAUGUCCCACUUGAAAACAUCACCUGCUUCAAUUGUGAAGAGAAGGGACACUACCAGUUACAUUGC